AUGCACUCCUUGUGGAAUAUAGUUAAAAGUCGGACAAACCUGAUUUUUAUACGAAAUUGCAGGGAAGGAUGGUUACGGCCUUUACGAGGAGUAAAUGCUAUAGCAGCAGGCUCUAUGCCUGCACAUGCUCUAUACUUUACAGUCUAUGAAAAGACGAAGGGAUUCCUUACUGGGAAUACCGCAGGUCAUUCAAAUACACUAGCAUACGGUGCCGCUGGAGCUGUUGCGACACUUAUUCACGAUGCCGUAAUGAAUCCCGCUGAGGUAGUGAAACAACGAAUGCAAAUGCAGUUCUCACCAUACGGUUCGUCUAUAGAAUGUGUCCGAUGCAUAUACCUACGUGAAGGAAUGGGUGCAUUUUAUCGAUCCUAUAGUACACAAUUACUAAUGGGCAUUCCUUACCAAUCUGUUCAUUUCAUGACAUAUGAGUUCUGGCAACAGAUUCUUAAUCAUGAACAUGAGUACAAUCCCUUGUCGCAUUUGGUAUCUGGAGGAAUGGCAGGUGGACUAGCAGCUGCUGUCACGACACCACUC